AUGGUCCUUUUGGUUAGUUUCCGAACACCUAGUCAAUGAGUAUUUGCAACUAUUGUAGACUCGCGCUGAGUACAACAACACAUCUUACAUCGUAAGGGUUCCAAAUGCUGGUUUCGGCGAGAACAGAAGCAUGGAAUCGGUUCUUAGGUAGUUUAGCACUGCUAGUUAGAAUAAACUCAAUUUCUAAUUCAGUGACAUUGCAAGGGUUGUAAACUACGCGCAAAAAUCAGCACUGCGUUAUGGGAAGCGGUCCUCAGCGUAUGUCUCUCAAAUGAACCUCCUGGGGUAAGGAUCUCUGAAUGAUAUGGUACUUGUACCAAUGACCGGUGACCGCAGACGUGGUACCAGGGACAGUGGAAACAAAGGCAUAGUUUCCACGAUUGACGAAAUCGCCAAAGCUGCUUUGUAUCCGAAGAAGUGGGCAAUUCCGGUCGACUACGAUAAGGAGAAACGACAUCUUUCCACUAUCAUGCCAGGUUUUCAUCCUAGCCCUGCUCUCAUCAGAAUUAUGGGCGUUUUGAUUGACAUGUCAGUUUUAGUCUCUUACAGACUGAUGAACUUUAUAGGUUUUCUAGAGAACGGAAAAGAUACGAAGAAAGCUUGAUCAAUCCGUUCAAAAUGGUUCAAGAUCAAAAACCAAAAUCCGAAGUGGAGCAGUUGGCCCAAAUUCUUUUUAAGAUUGAACAAACUCGUAAAAACCCUACAUUGUAAUUCCGAAUUUACACAGAAGAAUUCGUGAAGUUGGUUUUAGGAACAACGUCCAAGGCUACUACCAGAAGAAGUUCAAGAUGCCCGCUCGUCCCGGAAAGAGAAGCAUGCCCGUGCCGAUGCGCCGUGUUUCGUUCCCAUUUUCUGCCGGGUAUUUUUUGUCAACGACACACAAAUUUUAUUUGAUGUUUCUACAGAACCAAAUCCCUUGGCACUUCCCACGAGGCACUCCUUUUCUCUCUCUCGAGACUCACAUCAUCGGAGGCCAAAAAAGUGCGGCGUCCAAUUGAAUAA